GUGUGGUCCGCGGGCCCUUUUUGGACUGGGGGUCUGGAGAUCUGGGUUCCAGGCCCCGCUCGGCCAUGCGCCUCCCUGAGUGAAGUGACAUUGGGCCAGUCACUGAUUCCCACCCUGACCUACCUCGCAGGCUUGUUGGGAGGAUAACCUAAACCGUGUGGGUUCCUCGCAGGAGCCAAAUAUACAGAUAAGUUGCCAAUCCCUAUACCCAUUUGAUUGAACUCGAGUGGAAUGAGUAGACAUGUCCAGGACUGUGCUGCUAUUACAGGGUUGCACCGAGAUUUAGCCGGACUUUGGGUAGACCCUUUGCGGAGCAUGGCUAUAAUAACACAUCUGAGGAUCUGUAGGACAUAUUUUCUCUGCUGCCUUGUCCUUGCAUCCUCGGUUGUCUCUUCUGCAGAGGAGCAUGCAGGUGGGAGUCAUCACUCCAACGCACACCUUGAUAAGAAAAUGGUGCAAGAUAAGGACCACAUCAUGGAACAUUUAGAAGGUGUCAUUGACAAGCCAGAAUCCGAGAUGUCGCCACAAGAGCUGCAGCUUCAUUACUUCAAAAUGCACGAUUACGACGGCAAUAACUUGCUUGACGGACUAGAGCUUGCCACUGCAAUAACACACGUGCAUAAAGAGGAAGGUGGUGAACACACUCAGCUGAUGAAAGAAGAUGAGCUCAUUAGCUUGAUAGAUGGAGUCUUGCGAGAUGAUGAUAAGAAUAACGAUGGAUACAUUGAUUAUGCUGAGUUUGCCAAGUCACUGGAAUAAUAUUUUAGUUUAUAUUUUAGUUCAUAUGACCCAGUACAAUGUGAUUCUUUACUCCAUUGGUCUGUCUGUUCUACCUUUUGGUUUGCAAAAUUGGUAAGGAAAUGUAUCAGUCAGAAAGCUGCACUUUUAUUUCCUAAAAGUUGAGGAGCAAAGGUGGUUAUACUGAGAGCUGUUACUUGAUGUGAUCUUGCUGGCUAACAAUGUUGAGUAAUGCUGUACAUUGUCCCAUUAAUUAUCUAACGGUUGGUGCAAAGUCUUGUUUCAAAGGCUGUUGUCAAAGUCUUUCAACACAGAAUAACAUUUGGAAAAUUCCCAUAAACAUUAUGUAUAAUGUUUGCAGCCUGUCACAGUGGGUCAUUUCAUGCUUAUGCUAACUCAUGUUUUUUAGUUCACCACUCAGUGUUUCUCAAAAAAUAGGGACACUCCAGGAAAACGUAAGUAUUCUCAAGAUCUAUUGAUGUCAGUGAGAUAGUGAUGUGUUUAAGUAUAUAAUUCAGCAACACACUCAAGAGGUCCCCCUCAAUAGAAAUGGGUACCAUUGCCCUGUAAAUCUCAGUUAAAACUGAUGUGAUUUAAAAACAGUGUGGCUGCAACUGUACCCUAACAUUUCAAUUCAUGCUUAUCAGUGUUGCUGCUUUCUCUGCCCUUUGGUUGUUUACUAGGUUUUGCGCUGUCCUAAAUUAUCCUUUCAAAGUAACUUUUCAAAGUAUAUAAACCUAUAUACUUUGUGUGUACAUGCAUGAGGGAGAUCAUCAAUACAGUAUUUUUCUUCAAAAUUCAUUUUCAGAUAGUUGUUAAUUAUUCUCUUUAUUAAAGCCCUUUACCAAUAACUGUUCCUACAUUAGCUAAUAGCAUUUAUAGUAAAAUGAUGCCUUGUCAAGGUUUAUACCAAUGUACCUUGUCAUGAAUAUAUAGUAUUAGCUAGGAAGUUAUUUUUUGUUUUUUCUAGAAACAACUCUUCAAAAAGUGUUUUAAAUACUUGAAUAGGCUGCUAAUUUAAAAUUGUGGUUCUAGAAUUAUACACAGGUUUUGGUUCCACAUUGAACAGUCUUUUUGCAGAUUGAAAGUAUUUGUAACAGUCUUGAUGUUUGCCCUAUUGUAUAAACCAGAUUGGAAAGUGUACUAUUAUUCAGUAAAAAGCACUAUAUUCACAAGAAACAAAAACCUCAGAAUGUCCUGUGUAAAUUAUAGAGACCUAUUUUCUGUAUAAAAAUAUUCUUAUAUGAAGUGCAUUUGUAAAAACAAGCAUCCUUUGUUAAUUGUGUAAUAAAAAGCACUUGUACUA